CGUCAGCUGUGAAACUGAAGACGCUCAGAUCAGACUGUGUGUGAAUAAAAUGUACCCGUCUUCCUGUGACACCUUUGUGGCUUUACCACCUUCCACUGAGGGACAACGCAUCAUAUUUGGGAAAAACUCUGACAGGCCGUGUGAUGAAGUCCAGGAGGUUGUUUACUUUGCUGCCAGAGACUAUAAUGCAGAGGAGAAAGUUGAGUGUACCUACAUAGAGAUUGCACAGGUUGCCCAUACUUAUGCAGUCGUGUUGAGCAGACCGGCAUGGCUCUGGGGGGCAGAGAUGGGAGCAAAUGAGCAUCAAGUGUGCAUUGGAAAUGAGGCAGUGUGGGGCAGAGAGAGUGCCGACGGUGAGGAGGCUCUGCUCGGCAUGGAUCUUGUCAGGCUUGGACUAGAGAGAGGUGAUACAGCUGAGAAAGCUGUCGGUGUUAUCGCUGAGCUGCUGGAGAAGCACGGUCAGGGAGGAUCGUGCAUGGAAGAUGACAGUGGUUUCACCUACCACAACAGCUUUCUCGUCUCAGACAGGAAGGAGGCAUGGGUGCUGGAAACGGCAGGAAAACAUUGGGCAGCAGAGAGAGUGCAAGAGGGAUAUCGCAACAUCUCAAACCAGUACAGCAUAACAACCAAGAUUGACAAGGAGCAUCCACAAAUGAGGGCAUAUGCCCAAAGCAAAGGCUGGUGGGAUGGAAAGACAGAGUUCAACUUCGCUACAGUCUACUCCUUUUUGACUACAGCCAGGAUAGAGUCUGCCGGCAGCCGAUACUGUGAGGGCAAGAAGCUGCUGGAAAAGAGCAAUGGUCAAAUUACCGCCGACGCAAUGAUGAACAUCCUGAGAGAUAAAGAGAGUGGCAUCAAUAUGGAGGGAAUGUUCAUGACAACAGGAAGUAUGGUGUCUGUGAUACCCACACAUGCCGCUCUGCCGGGGGUUCAUUAUUUCACAGCUACUCCGGACCCCGAAAGGUCCACAUUCAAACCUUUCAUCUUUGUGAAACACGCGGUUCCGUUAAAGGAGACUACCUCUCCCAGUUUCGGUGCAGACGACCCCGUGAAGAAGAUGCCUCGCUUCCAGACCAAGCCGGAUCGGAAACACCCGCUGUUUGUCAAACAUGAACUGGUGGCUGCCAUCAUCGAGUCCAACAAGGACAGAGGAGAGAAGAUCACACAUGCCAUGAAGCAGCUCGAGAAAGACUCCAUCAAAACAAUGGAGAAGAUUCUUAUGGAGGGCAUUGAGGAGCCGGAUAUUCUGGCGAACCUGUUUUCUGGUUCCGUUCAGAAAGAGAUUUCCAUUUACGGCAAAAGCUGAAUAAUGUGAAACGUAAAAAGCACGCAGGAGGCUCAAAAGUAUGUCAGUAGCAAGCUGUUUCUGAGUUCAGCUUUUAAUCAGGUACCAGUGUGUACAUGCUUGAAUACAAUCUCAACACCACUGAAAAUAAACACACAAAACAUCAGUAGUAAAUUAAAUAAAUGCAAAUAAUGCAAAAUAUGGAUUACUGUUUUUGUGCUUUUCUCUAAUGAACAAUUGAAAUGCUUAAACAACAAGUUUGUUGUAUGUAUAUCGAGGGUGAUAAAUAGCAAUAAUUCUGAAACAGAUAU